AUGGGAGACACCGACAUUCACUGGCGUUCGUUGGAACUUUACGAAUAUCGUUGCGAUGGCAGGUCUCUUUGUGGACAGUUCGGUAGCUACUACGGUUCUACGUUUUUCGAGUACUUUAAGCACGUCGCCACUCCCUACAGCAAGGGUGAGUACUUUGAGGUUGCCUAUUGGGUGAUGUUUGUCGUGGCAUUCUCUCCCUACAUCUUUGUGAUUGCCAUUCGUAUCAUGAUUUACAUGUACGGUAUCAGACGUGGUGCCGACUCGGCUGCCUCGGUUGUCGAGCGCUACCAAGACAAUAUCUAUUCGAUCCUCUGGUUCUUGGUGAACACCCUCUACUUCCCCGUCAUCACAAUGAUGUUGGCCGGAACCAGUUGUACAUUCAGCAACACCUCAACCGACGGCAGCAACAUACCGCCAACACUCGACGCCAACAACUCGAUCAUCUGUUUGCAAGGAAAGCACAUCGGUUUCCUCGUGUGCACAAUGAUUGCUCUCAUCAUCUACUAUCCAGCGGCAUCGUUCGCUCAAUCGCAAACUCAAAACAUCUCCGAUAUCAAAUUCAAACCCAAGGUUGUAUUCGUCAUGUUGCAAGGAAAGUUUGUGAUGGGUGCUAUCUGUGUGGCGUUUGCCAACAACAAGUACUGGGCGUACAUUUCGACGGCGGUACUGCGAGCAAAAUUCAGAAACAACGCCGGUGACAAGUCAUCGAGCCAAGUCAACUCACCACAGGGUGCCAGUCAGAACGAACAGGAACUCGAUGAGAUUCCAAGUAUUCAUCAACCACAAUAUAAUAAUAACAACAGCAAAACAACAAGUAAUCAAUCAACACCACCACCACCAGCAACAACCACCACCACCAUAAACAGUAAUAAUAAUAUUUCAGAAGAUUCAUCGUCUUCAGAUGAAUCAUAA